GACCUUCUCCUGCCCGCGAGAAGGAGCCGGAGCAGCCUGCAAGCCAGCAGACCGCGCCGUCAGCGGGGAACUGAAGCGCACUAGACGCUUCUUACAAGCCCAGCCGUCGGGGGGUCGGCCAGGCCAUCCGGCAGUGGAGCUGCUAAGAAGAUUUUUAAAAGGUGUCUUGACUACAAAGCUGGAAGGUGGAUUAUUUUUCUAAAAAACACAAAGACCAUGUGUGCACAUCUGUAGAAAUGGUUUGCGGUUCAGUCAAGCUGGAGUUGACUAAAUGAAACUAUGGGCUGUGCAUCAGCCAAGCAUGUUUCUGCUGUACAAAAUGAAGAGGAAGCUCAGAAGGGGAAAAACUACCAGAAUGGAGAUGUAUUUGGUGAUGAGUAUAGGAUCAAACCUGUGGAAGAAGUCAAAUACAUGAAAAAUGGGGGAGAAGAUGAUCAAAAGGUAGCUGCCAGAAACCAAGAAAACUUGGAAAAAAGUGCCAGUUCACAUGUAAAACUUAAGGCUAAUAAAGAGCUUCCAGGAUUAGUACAUCAACCUAGAGCAAACAUGCACAUUUCUGAAAGCCAACAAGAAUUCUUCCGAAUGCUGGAUGAGAAAAUUGAAAAGGGCAUCAUGAAAACAGAAGAUCAACUGAAGCUAAGAGUUUCUGUGGUAGGGAAUCACUUUAAUCCCUUGGGGAACCAUUCAUCAAAAAAGCUACCGUGUCUUUGCUAUCAUUAAAGCAAAAAUGUUUGACAUAAUUAUUUUCACCACACCCUUACCAC